GAUGUGCUCACCGGGGCUGUGCCCCUCUGUGGCUAAGCCAGGAUGAACUGGGUUUUUUUUGUGUCUUAAAUAGAAUGAACAUGGCCAUUUAAUGCCCCGGAGCGGUGGGUUUGGCAGGCUGUGGCUCAGGUGCGGAGCCGCCUGGCGUUAAACGCGACGUGCAUUUGACCUGCGUGUGUGCGAAGGCGUUUUGAGCCCUUGAGGACACCCCGAGGAGGGUUUGGUUACCCGCUGUUGGCAGACACUGAAUUAAUCUCUGCCCUCUGGGGAGCUGUGCGUGGCCAGGCACGACCUGCCUUCCCUCUGCCUCUCCAGCACAGCUGAUCCCGGGUUUACCCUGUUUGCAGAGGGAAAGGCCGGUCACCGAUGACUCUUUUCCCGAAGCAGGGAGGAAUGUUUCAGCCAGUGGGAAGCCUGAAGGAGCAAUACCAAUUUUGGAAGAUCAGCAGUUAACAAAGGCAGAGUGAAGGAUUUGCCACGUCGAGACUGAAGGUGUAAGACUAAAAACCUACAGGGAGAUCAGCUCAGCAGCAGAUAUUCCACAUUUUUUACCUGCCAUCCCACGGCUUCGAGGGGGUCUUCGUUACACAUUCAGAAGAACAGAAAACACUGUCACAAGUACAUAAUUGUGUCACCUAAAAUUUGGUGCCAGCCGUAGUGUAGAUGGCUCAGCUUCCUCCUGGGAUUCGUUUCAUCACUUCAUUUUCACGAGAUCAGUGGUAUAGAGCCUUCAUUUUCUCUCUCACUUUCCUGCUGUAUGCCAGCUUCCACUUAUCAAGGAAACCUAUUAGUAUAGUUAAGGGAGAGCUGCAUAAGCAUUGUGCUGCUUCACAUGAAGUUGAGCUUGACUCCUACAAAGAAUAUGCUGCCCAGAUUCAGCCUCUCAAAAAGCCAUUUAACGCCUCUCAGUGUGGUUGGGAGCCAUUUGAUAAGAACAACUACAAACAGUUACUGGGAGCGCUGGAUUACUCGUUUUUGUGUGCAUAUGCAGUUGGAAUGUAUUUAAGUGGACUGAUAGGAGAACGGCUGCCGAUCCGGUACUAUCUGACGGGCGGGAUGCUCGCCAGUGGGCUCUUCACUGCCAUGUUUGGAUUGGGUUAUUUCUAUAACAUACAUAAUCUGUGGUUUUACAUCAUGGCCCAGAUAGCAAAUGGGUUGGUGCAAACUACUGGCUGGCCGAGUGUCGUUACAUGUAUUGGCAACUGGUUUGGAAAAGGAAGGAGAGGUUUGAUCAUGGGAAUCUGGAAUUCACACACUUCAGUGGGAAAUAUCUUGGGAUCCUUAAUUGCUGCUUACUGGGUGUCCACGUGCUGGGGUCUCUCCUUCGUGGUGCCCGGAGUCAUCGUCGCUGUGAUGGGGAUUGUUUGCUUCCUGUUUCUCAUUGAACAUCCUAAGGAUGUAAGUUGCUCCUGCACACCAUCCAGUCGUGAUCGUGAGCCCAGUAUUUCUACCGAGUUUGUAGUGAGUUCUAAAACCUUCCUGAAUGGUACAUCUCGGUGCAGAAUCCAGAUGCCGACCUUAAAUGCUAAGGAAAAUGGCAAACUUCAGCAGGAUCCAGAGAUACAGCACUUACUUAGUGACAGUGAAAACAGCAGCGUGUCCCUGAACUCCAGCACUGUGGCCAGUGGGGAAGGAAGACAUGGGACAUCAGCAAUCAGCUUCCUUGGGGCCUUGAGAAUACCUGGAGUUGUAGAGUUCUCCCUUUGUCUUCUGUUUGCAAAGCUAGUGAGCUACACUUUCCUCUUCUGGCUUCCCCUCUAUAUCACAAGUGUAGAGCAUCUUGAUGCCAAAAGAGCUGGGGACCUUUCUACACUGUUUGAUGUGGGUGGAAUCUUUGGUGGAAUUUUGGCAGGUCUCAUUUCAGACAGGCUGGAGAAGAGGGCAUCAACCUGUGGGAUGAUGUUAUUGCUCGCAGCACCCACGUUGUACAUGUUCUCUACAGUCAGUAAAAUGGGACUUGAGGCUACUGUGGUGAUGCUGCUUAUCAGUGGUGCCCUGGUGAAUGGCCCUUAUGCCCUGAUCACCACUGCUGUCUCUGCUGACUUGGGUACCCACAAAAGCCUGAAAGGGAAUGCAAGAGCCUUGUCCACGGUGACGGCGAUCAUCGAUGGAACUGGAUCUGUAGGUGCAGCUUUGGGGCCUCUCUUGGCUGGUCUUAUUUCCCCAUCUGGUUGGAACAACGUGUUUUACAUGCUCAUGGUGGCAGAUGCAUGUGCCUUGCUACUCUUACUCCGUCUUAUUCAGAAGGAACUUCAGUGUGAUGCAGAUCACACUCUGUUUAAGGAGCACUGAGCUACAAGAGCAGAGCUGGAAUAAGGACUGUGCCAGUGGUCGGAGCUCUUCCCUGAAAUCCAGACUUCAUGGGAUGUAUUAUUCUGUAUUUAAGAGAUUCUGUUUGGUGAAGAACUUUGCACCAUUACUGGAAAGCAACGUGAGAAAUGCAGCUGGUAACUCCCUGAAGCUCUUUAUUUUUGCACAUGAGUAAGUACCUCAGGAUGGCAACUAUUCAUCAGGCGAAGAGAUGGGAACUUUGGGAAGGUUUUAGCAGCACGCCUCAACUGAGCCAAAGAGAAAUACCAAGUGCCUUUUUUGUUUCUUUUGAUAGGAUGUUUUUAAUUAAACUUAUGAACUGUGUUUUUGCCAAAAAUCAAGGCGAAACUGGAGCAGAAGGAAGUUGAAGUUGUACCAGCCCAGCAGUGGCUGUCCCAGUGUCAGUGAGCAAAGUGUGUGUUUCUUAUGUCAUCUUGUGUACAUUGAGGGCAUCUCUUUAUAGAGGACAACAUCAGCUGGUUAUUAAGAUGUGCUGCUAUUAGUAUUUUGAAGCUGCUCAGACAGUAGCCACCCACUGUAUUAUUAGUUUUUAACUACAGUACUACUUCCCAAGGACAACAUCCAGCCUUUUGGUAGGCAGUGGAAUGGAAUUUACUCUUGCCAUGUACUGCAGUUAGCAGUUUUCACAGAAUCUCUGGAUGAGUGUUAAUCUUUAGUUAGGAUUGUGCAAAAAAAAAAAAAAAGGAGUCCUAAGCAACAAAAAGCAGCUUAUGAGUCAGAAUUUCCAGUGGGGGCUCUAAUGAUUUUCAGGGCAUUAUAAACUGACUGUGCAAACGUCACAUAAUUGUCUACCAGGCUGGGCUGAAAUGAGAGGUGGUUUCUUGUGAACUGUGAGCUGUCCUUUUUCUUACAGCACUUGUGGCUUGAGCAGAUGAGCUGCCUCAGUGCCCCCUUGCCACAGGGAUCUCUGUUGGGUACUCGUGAUUUCAGUGCUGGGGUGCACACGUGGAAGUUGCAGAUCAGGGCCUUAAUAUCCAGAAAUCUCUCUCAAGUGGCUCAUUUCCAGUGGCUCUGAAUUUCAGAUUUGGAGCCGAAAUAUCAGAAAAAUUACCUGUGUGGGCAGUAGUUUGUAAGAGAACAUUUGAGUAACUAGUGUUAUCCAGCAAAUAGAUGGUUUAAUGUCUUCAGAACAUAUAAUUUCUUUGUACAGCUGCUUUGCAAACAGAUGUUUCUGUGAUUCUUUUCUUUUUUAAGAUGUAUAAAGUGAAAAGAAAUCCUUUUUGUAUGAGGUGUUUAUACUUAAAUCACAAAGGCUAGAUAAUUUAAACCAUGUGUUGUCCUUAACUGUAUUUAUUAAAGCUCUAGGAAUAUGUCUUGUUCUGAACUAUGCUCUUAAGUUCUGUGAAACAAUGCAGCAGUCUUUACACUUGAUUAACAGAACACUCUAAAACAGUCCUGCAGAAAUGUCCCAUCAGCUGCUGGUGUUGUGUUCCACGUGCUGGCACAACACCUAAUUUCCAGGGCUGUAAUUUUGUAGUUGCUGAGUCUUUUGAGUCGCUUCACUGGUUUGAUUCAGCACCUGAUUUAUGCUUGACUUGAACACUGUAAGAAGGGGCUCGUUUUAGAAGGAAAACCUCAGUGCCACAGGGCCUUAAGGAAGGUAUUGGGUCCUUGCAGAGGAACUGUAGGUAGGCCCUGUCCCUGCACUUACCUGGAUGAAUGGUUGACUUCACACAUUUUGGGUAAGCCUGUUCAGACCACUGGGGAAGGUCUCGACAUCUGAAUGCAUGAAUCUGGGCUGGGCUUGGGCUUUGGGCUGCAGUUAAAUGUGAAGGAAUUCUGCAGCAAUGUUACUUGAAAGGACUUCUAUCCCAGUGGACUGAACCAGCAGAGCUUUAUAUUUUUAUUGAAACAAUUCAAACCCUGCUGUGCUCAGAUUUUGAGAAGCUGUUCCCUGUGGGCCGAGGUCUUAGUUUAAAAAGCUUUUGGUUGUAUUUUGCAGUUACAGGCUGUAAAGAUACUUAACUGUGUUUUGGGUUUUACUUGUUGGGGCUGCUGCUGUUAUUUAUUUAUUUAUUUGAAUAGCUUUUGCACUUCAGUGACCGGGGUAGGGGUUAAUGAUGAAGCUGGAGGUGCUGGGCUGAGGCCUUCCUUGCAUCGAUUGUAGGCAGGAAUUGGGACUCUCAGUCUGCCCAUAUCUCCUUCCAUGUCAAUCUGCAGCAUUUUGGUUCCUCCCAGCUACAAAAUUGCUGGACAAAAAGACAAAGAUUUGCUUUUCGUUCUUGAAAACUGAAGAUCCCCCAGGUUGUGGAUAAACAGUGUGUUUUGUUAGCAUUGGGUGUCAAUAUUCAUUGAUCUGGAAAUGAGCAAGACUGACAAAGUUGUGUGUG